AUGGGCGACUCUGGAGAACAAACGAGCCCUUCUGAAGAAUUGGGCAGUAAUGAAGCAAGAACGGAAAUGACAUGUUUACCUGCUGCAGAAGAUAACGGUGCACAACAUGUACGAAGAUCUGGAAGAGCACGGAAACCUCCGAGCUACCUAAAGGACUUUGUACUGAAAUAG